CCACACUUCACCCAUCAGAGACAAUCUCCCACCCCAAAUUUACUCUGUGGCCUUCCCUCUUUAUCCUUCCUCUCAAAUCAAUCCAUCAAGAAAGAAAGAACGAUAUGGCUCCGCUCGUCCUGGCAACACAAGUGGCUACAGGGCUCGGCGUAGUGGCCGGCGCGAUGCUGGUGAAGGCGGCGGCGGAGGGGAGACUUCUUCCGCCAAUGUCCGGCAGGGGCUCGCCGCGCUGCCCGACUUGUAAAGGUACAGGAAGGGUCGACUGCUUCUGCUCGCGGUGGUCGGACGGGGAUGUAGGCUGCCGAACUUGCGCAGGCUCAGGCCGGAUGGCCUGUAAUAGCUGCGGCGGUUCCGGAACAGGCCGGCCCAUCCCGGCUCGGAUUUCGGUUCGCUCCGACCGGCCCCCUUUAUAGGCUUAUCAUGAUGCCGGCGGCGAACUUCAGAUCGGAUUCAGUGAAAUUGUAAGGCGGCGAUGUUACAGUUUGUAUAUGAAUGAAUUUCUUUGAUUUGAGCUGUUGUUAUUUUAAUUUGAUAGUGCUUAAGGAGAAGAACGAAUAUAUUUCGAGGAAAUUGAUUAAAGGAGAAGAGAUUAGUCAGAUUCGCAUGACCGGAAUAUUUAACUUU